AUGGUCGACUCUGGAGCCUCUGUGAACGUCGUUGAUGCUCAAACCUUUAAAGUCAUCCGCCGUGUGAAGCCAAAUCUACAACUCCAGCCUCCCGACACCAGCAUAUACACUUAUGGUAGUAAAGACCCAAUGCCUUUGAAAGGGAUAUUCAAGACGACAGCCAGGUUCAAAGCUGAAUCAAAGUUUUGCAAUUUCUACGUAACAGAAGGUAACAGUGGAAAUUUGAUCGGGCGAUCGACUGCCACAGCUCUGGGCAUACUCCAUAUUGUGAACGAAGUCAAAAGUCACCCAAAGUUACCAGAAGGUCUCAGCGAGUUUGGCGACAUGUUUGAAGGAAUUGGUAAAAUAAAGAACAGAUCAGUAAAGCUUCAUAUCGAUGAGUCUGUCAAGCCAAAACAGCAACCCCACAGGCGCAUAGCGUUUCAUAUCAGGAAGGAUAUAGAGAAAGAAGUAGAAAGACUAGACGCUCAGGACAUACUUGAGGACGUCGAGGGUCCGACACCCUGGAUAAGCCCGAUUGUAGUAGUCCCGAAGAAAUCAGGAGGAAUAAGAAUGCGUGGACAUGAGGGAAGCAAAUUAAGCCAUACAGCGUGA